AUGGAUGAAGAAGCUGUUGAUCAAUCACAAAUUACAGUGCAGGAUGAUACUAAAACGUCGUCGUCCCCGUUUGAAGGAUCCAUUAAUUAUGUAUGGUGGCUAAGGAUGGCCAUAUAUACAAUCUUGGUCCUUGUCGGACAAGCAAUUGCCGUCCUUCUUGGAAGAUUAUACUUUGACAAAGGCGGUCAUAGCAAAUGGAUCGCAACAUUGGUUCAAACUAGUGGGUUUCCUAUUCUUAUCCCUUUUCUCUUCAUUAAAUUCCAAAUUCAUUCAACUUCAACCCCAUUAACGCCGCCACCACCACCACCGCCACAGCCAGCUUUUGCGGUCAAAAUAUCGCUUUAUGUUUGCCUUGGGAUAUUGAUUGCUUCUUAUUGCAUGCUCUUUUCAAUUGGGUUGGCUUAUCUACCCGUUUCAACUUACUCUCUCAUUUCAGCCACCCAAUUGGGAUUCAACACUUUUUUCUCCUUCUUCCUAAACUCUCAAAAGAUCACGCCUUUCAUUGUCAAUUCCCUAAUCCUUCUAACCUUAUCCUCUGUUCUUCUCAUUUUCCAACCCGACACGUCCACGUCGAAUCAUGUCUCGAGAGGGAAAUACAUCAUCGGGUUCUUGUCAACCGUAGGAGGAUCAGCCGGUAGCGCGUUGUGGCUCUCCAUGAUGCAGUUCUCUUGCAGGAAGAUUCUCAAGAAGGCGAGUUUUAACGUGAUGAUUGAAAUGAUCGUUUACCAAUCGUUGAUCGCAACGUCUGUGGUGACCCUAGGGGUUUUCCUUAGUGGGGAAUGGAAGUUGUUUGGGAAGGAAAUUGUUGAGUUUGAGAUGGGGAAGGUUGGGUAUGUGAUGACCUUGGUUUUUACCGCGCUUUGUUGGCAACUGUGUGUGGUCGGAUCGGUUGGACUGAUCUUUGAGGUGUCGUCAUUGUUCUCGAAUGUGAUAGGCACACUCGGUUUGCCUAUAAUUCCGGUGAUGGCGGUUUUUGUUUUUCAUGAUAAGAUGGAUGGAGUGAAAGUGGUUUCUUUGGUGCUGGCAGUUUGGGGUUUUGUUUCAUAUGUUUAUCAGCAUUAUAUUGAUGACUUGAAGAUGAAGAUUUUAGGGAAAAGACUAGUUAAUGAUGAUCAUCGGGUUUCCUUAGUUGAAAGAGUAGACUAA